AUGGUUCCGAUCAGACUCGUAGGCGCCGGAGUGAUUCUUCUGACGAUAGGAUGUUUUACGGCAUUCGCGAACGCGGAUGACUCCAAAAUUGUCGGUGGCACCACGGCCCAGGAGCGUAUCCCGUACCAGAUCUCCCUUCAGGUGCUGGUCAACUCGUUCUUCGGCUUUGGACCGAAGAAAUGGAUGCACAACUGUGGCGGCUCGAUCGUGAACGAGUACUACGUUGUGACGGCAGCCCAUUGCCUGGACGGCAUGGAGCUAAACCGGAUGUCGAUCGUGGCCGGAACGAACGAUCUGCGGAACGACAGCUCGAAGGGAACGCGCUACUUCCUCGAAUCGUACAUGAUCCACCCGGACUACAUCGAGCUGAACCGGAGCGACAUCGGCGUGAUGCGCACCAAGCAGCAGAUCACGUUUGAUCAGAAUGUCCAACCGAUCCGCUACUCGUCGGACUUUGUUGGAGGGGGUGUGACGUGUCUGUUGACCGGCUGGGGCUACACGAUGCCCAUCCGGAUUGGGCAGACUCCGAAGGAUCUCCAGGAAGCUGAACUGACCACGAUCACGAACGAUCAGUGCCGAGAGCGGGGCAUGCCGGUCAACCCGACCGAAAUCUGUACCUUCACCCGUGUCGGACAGGGUGCGUGCGGUGGUGACUCUGGAGGUCCGCUGGUAUGCAACAACCAGCUGUCCGGUGUGGUUUCGUACGGCACGCGUUACUGCGGCAUCGGUGUGCCGGAUGUAUACACGCGCGUCUCUGAGUUCGACACUUGGAUCCAGGAAAACACGCAGGUCGAUUCAACCCAAUCGGACACACCUCCGGCCGAAGGAUCGUAA